AUAAUCUCAAAGUCAGAAAGUAAGAGAGAAAAAGUAUUUUUUGGAAAGAAUGAGAAACUCGAAAGAAAACCAGCUUUGUUGUUAAUGUCUUCGAAUUCCAACACCACCCAAAAACGACAACUUCCACUUCAACACUUGAAGCCAAAUUUUCUUUUUCAAACUCCAAACACCCCCUCCUCUCUCUCUCUCUCUCUCUCUCUCUCUCUCUCUCUCUUAUAUGCUUUCUUUCUUCACCAAACACAACACCCUUGUGAUCUGUCUGUCUCUGCGUUUUCAGUACGCAUAGAUCCUGCUCUAUUGUUUUCUGAACCCACUCUUCCACUUUCAAUUCCUUAGCCAACACUUGAUUAUGGGGUCCAUCAAAGAUUUCUUCUUCAAUGCACUCUAACUUAAUCACCUUUCUUUCAUAAUCAUAACCAAGCUAUGGAUUUUAAGAUUUUAGAUUUUCCACUGCAACCAAAUUCACUCUUGGAAAAUGGAAUCCGGUGGGCCUGAAUCCGCAAGCCCCAUGACCCACAGGGUUCAGUCUCUGUCCUCAGCAGAUACAAGAGGGAAACAUAGGAUACAUGCUGAACUCAAACGCUUGGAGCAAGAAGCACGAUUCUUAGAGGAAGAGUUGGAACAACUUGAAAAGACGGAGAAAGCAUCUACAACGUGCAAAGUAAUGCCCAGCAAUGUAGAAACAAAACCUGAUCCAUUACUACCAUCAACAGUUGGUCCCCUAAGUCCUGCAUGGGAUCGAUGGUUUGAAGGCCCCCAAGAUUCUAAAAGCUGCUGUAGAUGCUGGAUUCUCUGAUGAUGAUCAAUGCUAAUUGCCAACCCCACCCCUUCCCCCCCUUUUAAUCCAAUAUUGGUCUAAAUGAGUUUUGAAAAAAUAUUGUCAUUGGCAAAUUUUCAUGAAUGCUCCCUUGUGCGGAUGACAAUUAUAGCAAAUACAUAGUUUUUAUGUUUCAGAUGACAGCUUGAUUGCUGA